GGAUGCCCCGGAUCCCUGUGUGUCGCGUGUGGUCAACACAUGUGCACUACGGCUAGAUAGAAACCUCUUCUUCUCAGGCUUCUCCGUCGUCAGUAAUCCUCAAUCUACUACAAAUUCUCCACGUCAUACUUCUGUACGCAGCCAUCUUGUUAAAUACUUCGAAUUGGUACUGCGACGUUGUGCUAUCCCUCGCUGUUCAGCGUCCCGAAGUUCAAGUAUUCGACCACCUCGGGCUCAUGGAGAAUGCCGAUAGCUACUAGUAUCCAACCUAUUCGCAAUCUUGAUCUCAACCUCACAGUGGGUAGCAUGUUCAUCGGUGUACUGUUCUCUGCACUGUUCUAUGGCUUGACGUGCGCUCAAGUUGUGUACUACUCGUCGGCUUACUACAACAGCGACAAGACACUCGUGAAGGCAUUCGUUUAUGGAAUAAUGAUAUUUGACACAAUCAUCACUGCGGUGGAUGCUGCGACUUCAUGGGCCUUUGUCAUCGAGGGACAUGCCAACCCUCCAAGUGUUCUGAUCGAGCCAAAAGUGUACGCCGCUGAAAAUGUUCUGGUGCGCUUUGUCAUAUGUGCUGUUCAAAUGUUCUAUAUCCAUGGACUCUGGACAUUGCUCACGCGGUUCGGAACAACCUACAAAGCACGAUUGGCGAUCACGAUGCCCCCGAUCUGCCUGUCCCUGAUGGCUCUCGUAUUUGGCUUCGUCGGAGAGUACAAAAUUGCGACGCAGGAUUGGAUAAUCCAAAAGGCGCUUCGUGCGGACGAGGUUGCGAGCGCAGGCAAUUAUUGUGCUGCCGCACUGGCGGACCUAUGCAUAUGUGUCUCUCUUUGCUGGACACUGCGCGGCAGACUCUCGGGGUUCGAAUGGUCACGCACCGACAAUAUGAUCCGUGUACUUGCAAGCUAUAUAGUCAAUCGCGGGAUCCUCUUGACCGCGAUGCAAAUCGUAAACUUGGGAGUGUUCCUGUACAGCGUCAAGCCUGCCUCGCUUCUAUGGUUCCCAUUCAACUGUAUUGAGGUAAAAUUGUAUAUCAACUCAAUGAUGGCCGUCCUGAACGCCCGUCGACACCUCAACGGAGGUGGUGGGGUGUCGUACAUUUCAGGAUUCACGGACGACGCGGCGACAUAUGUCGAUGGAACCAGCACUAAGGGCGCUCCAGUCGUGGAGAACAUCCCGUUGACCACGUUCAGAAUCUAACAUGUAAUUUCUCCUCGUCUGGCGGUGACUACAGGGGUGUUUAUCUCCAUGUAAUGACAAUAUAGGUCUCACUGUGUACCGUAUCAACAAGGUUCGUCUGGGCCGACUCGGAGUACUCGUUUCACGAAUUGGCACUGUCCAGCAGUACGCAGGCAGGGCGGCAGAUGAGGAAUUCAGUCGUGGGGAUCGCGCGGGUAGGAUGUCUAGUAGAUGAAUUCUCAACCAAGACUCGUUUGAGGAGGUGUCGCCGUAAUAUUCGGUCGCCAUAACUUAUUCGCACAGGAUCGGACUAAGCUACCGACCUGCGCGCUCUGU